GCGGAACAGUUCCUCGAGGCGGGUGGGCAGCGAAGAAACAAGGGGGGACGCUCGUCUGGGGCAGCUUCCUGUGUGCAUCCUCCCCGACCCCAGAAGAUGGGGAAGAGCUGCAAAGUGGUUGUGUGCGGGCAAGCAUCCGUCGGGAAGACCUCCAUCCUGGAGCAGCUUCUGUAUGGGAACCAUGUGGUUGGUUCAGAGAUGAUUGAAACUCAGGAGGACAUCUAUGUGGGCUCGAUCGAGACCGACCGAGGGGUGCGGGAACAGGUGCGCUUCUAUGACACCCGAGGCCUGAGGGAUGGCCUGGAGCUGCCCAAACACUGCUUCUCCUGCACGGACGGCUACGUGCUGGUUUACAGCAUUGACAGCAAAGAGUCCUUCAAGAGGGUGGAGGUGCUCAAAAAGGAGAUCGACAAGAGCAAGGACAAGAAGGAGGUCACCAUCGUGGUCUUGGGCAACAAGUGUGAUUUGCAGGAGCUGCGUCGCGUGGACCACGAUGUGGCGCAGCACUGGGCCAAGGCGGAGAAGGUCAAGCUGUGGGAGGUCUCGGUGGCUGACCGCCGGACCCUCAUCGAACCUUUCGUCUACCUGGCCAGCAAGAUGACCCAGCCUCAGAGCAAGUCUGCCUUUCCGCUCAGCCGUAAGAACAAAAGCAGCGGUUCAGUGGACGGGUGAACCUUUAGGCAUCCCGCCUGCCGUACUUUGUACAAAUGCAUGCAAGCAAGACCACCUUGACCAUGAAGCAAUAGGAAGCCAGCACCUUUGGGCAGCUGGUUCCAGGUGGAGCACCGUCAUCUUUCCUCCAGUCUCCGUUUUUUAAAAGAGAGAACCCCAAGUCCGGAGCAGUGGGAAUUACUUUGACUCUUUGACCUCUAAACACAGAUAUAGCCAGUAGCGUGUGUGUGGUCUGCAGCCAGCAGUUGCCAAGAUGUAUUUAGUGAUAAAA